AUGAAGCACCUCGCCGCUUACCUUCUCCUCACCCUGGGUGGUAACACCUCCCCCAGCGCUGCUGACGUCAAGGAGGUCCUUGAGUCCGUCGGUAUCGAGGCUGACUCCGAGCGCCUGGACAAGCUCCUCUCUGAGCUCGAGGGCAAGGACAUCAACGAGCUGAUCGCUGAGGGUUCUUCCAAGCUCGCUUCCGUUCCCAGCGGCGGUGCUGGUGGUGCUGCCGCUGGUGGCGCCGCUGCCGCCGGUGGUGCCGCCGAGGAGGCCAAGGAGGAGGAGAAGGAGGAAGAGAAGGAGGAGUCCGACGACGACAUGGGAUUCGGUCUCUUCGACUAA